AACAUGGAAGUAAUUGUAUGGUAUUUUAACAUAGUUUACUUAGACAAACAGAGUGGAAGGAAGACUGGACAAUAUAAAUUGUUCAAGCAAAUCUGAAUGUUAACAAUUCUGACUUCCUGUGCACAUCUGGGUGGAAGCUUUUGUUUACUAGGACUAACCGCAAGGAAAUUACAUUUUCCACAGCUAAGAGCAACAUGAACAGUAUUUCACGGAAGGGUCCGAGGAGUUACGGGGAACAAAAUGGUUAAAUACCAAAGGAAAAAACUCCAUUCUUGUGUGCAUUUUCUGGAAAUUAGUGGCUCAUAUGUUCACGAUGAUCCAAUGCAUUAAACUGAAACGCCUUUUUUCACAUGCAGGGAAUGAUAGGUUGGGGAGGGUGUAGAAAUCCACUUGCUACUUGCUGUUUCUUUUGCUUAUUUAUAUAUUUUUUAGAUUGAUGCCAUCCUUACCUUUAGAAAAAGUAUAAUUCUGCCAUUAAGAGUGUCAAAUAUAAAUAGGCAACAUUUGCCUGUUUAAGGAAACAAUAGUAACUUUAACUUCUUGGAGGGGCACUGCUGCUGUUCUUCAGAGUGUUCAGCUUAAUAAAUUUUCAGUUGUCCAUAUUUGUACGCUUUCAUUAGGCAUUCAUUAGCUAUAUUUACAGCCAGUAGCCUUCAGCAAAGUAAUUAAUUUGUGUAAUUAUUACUUCACCUAGAGCUUGUAUGCUGGUACGGUGCAUAUUGCAGGAGCUACGAAAGUUCUUUGCACUCCGUUUUUAAAAAUACGCUAAAUGGAAUGCCGUUUGAACCUUUAGCUUAGCGUUCUGAAUCCUCCAAUAUGGUUAUGUGAUACCCUCUCCUCUUGAUGCUCAUAAACCUUGAGAACAUUCUUCUAGGUCCUAACACUUCAAUAAACAAUACAAAUGUUUACACGUAGGUUUGUAAAUUCAGCUUACCGAGGUAUAAUUUAUGUAACCGAACAGAAGGCUCAUUGUGUCUCUGGCCUUUUCGUUGAGAUCGAAGUGUGCCGUCUGUUUUUACCAGGGUAAUGUCUGAUUCGUUCCCCAUUAGGGAAUGCACGUUAAAAUGGAUUUUUGGAGCACGGAGUUGGACGAAGCGAAGGGCUCGAUCCAGUCGCUAGGCUGCCUUGGUCCCGGGAGUUCGGUUGGACUCUGGAGGAAACCUUAAACAAAGUGUUCGCCAUCGUAGACGACGAUUCCCGCAUUCUAUAUGACACCCUGGACGAAGAGAAGACAACCUUAAGCUCUAGAGCUCCACUUGUACCUCCGCUCGCAUCCGCUGGCAGCCGUUCAACUCUUUGAUGUAAAUAUUCUUACUGUCCAAGUGGUACUGAGGCAUCCAGACUCCGUUUUUUUUAACUUCUUUACACAAUACUGUUGUGCUACCCAGUGUCUUCUCUCACUACUUGUAUGUUUAGGGGCAGCUGACAGCACAAGAUCCGAAGGCUGCAAAUUCAAAUCUCACCUAUUGCUAAAACACCCUGGAGCAAGGUACUUAACCCCGGUAAAAUACUCCAGUAACAAAGUACCCAGUUGUGAUAACUGUUGGUACCUUAAGUCACUUUGAAGAAGCGUCAGCGCAGCGAAUGGAUGGAAAUGAGCGCUGCUGUAGCCUUGUGCAAAUUUCUUUCUUUCUUUCUUUCUUUCUCUUUCCUCCUUUGAAUCGGUGUGUCUGCACUCCUCCGGUUGUCUCGUGCCGAACUGUGUAACGCGAGCUCGCGCGCUAAGGGUUUCCACUUCAUAAUAAUUCGGAACACCUUCGUAUUACGCCUCCUGCACAGAAACCCGAGGGCGCCCCGUCUGUUCUCUCAUAUUUCUAUAUAUAAUACAUACGUAUAUACGUGUCUCGCGCUUGCAUAAAGUGGCGCACGGGUUUUUUAAGGAGGCUCCGCGCGCCGCCUCAGAGGCAGCGUCUCGCGCGCCCUUGGCCACAGCCCGCCGUUUCAGCCGCAUACGAAGGUCUGAGGUGCAGGCGGUAGCCGCGCGCCCGCCUCGCCUCGCCUCGCCUCGCUUCCCCUCCAUGUCGCGCGGAGGGCAGCGGCAACGCGAGAAAAACGGCAGCCCCGCCCGCGCGCGCGGAGAGCCGACACACACCGGGAGGGGGCGGCGUCGCCGCUCGGUCACUGGGCCCCCGCCGCAGGCGCUGUCCGCUGGGCGCAGUCCUACGAACAUCUCCGAGGGUCUCAGCGCGAGCUUCCCACGCAAAGCGCUUCCUCGCGCAUCUCCGUUCCGGUUUCCGUUCCCUCCGUCCUCCCCUCCGACCGCCGCCCGACGGCUCUUCCGCGCUCUUUUCCCUCUGGAAUUUAAACGCUUUGUCCUUUUUUUUUUUUGCGGGCCGGACCUGAAUUUCAAUAUCUUUAUUUGUGAACGCGCGCGCGUGUGUGUGUGUCUGUGUGUGUGUGUGUGCGCGCGCCCUCGUUUUCCUACAAGAAGCGGAGAUCAGUUCAUUUUGAAUGAAAAAAAAAAGCGGACGGUGGGCAUCGCCGGCUUUCGGACUAACUGACUGGUCUGGCGCACAGACACAGGAACGCGGAUUAAACGCGAAACACAACAUGUGAGAGAUAUGAAGGAUCGUCCAUUUUGUCACGGGGGAAUAUCCUGAGAGAAGAGCGCGCGCGCGGAUGUUAAUAAUAGUCGCUGGACACAUACAAAUAUAUUAUCGUCUUUGAUCUGCAACGCUGUCAUUUUUCAUUUAAAUAAAAAUAGCGCCGGUGCCAUUAGGAAUAUGGGUUUUGAGCAAACGCCGAUUUGCUAAGCAAGAGGGACUGAAAUAGGCUACAACGGGCGACGACGAUGACCCAGAAUUGUGGAUUUCUGUGCGACUCUCCAUCAUCAAACUGCACCGUUACAGAAAACUGCGAUUUUUUUUCAGUCGCGGGAACGUCGAACGCAUCGUUCUCAUCCUGCUUUGUUCGUGCGGGGAAGGUGUAGCUGUCAUCAUCAUUAUUUUUUAUUUUUCUUUUUGCCCGAGUUAUCACGCGCUACAAUUUUAAACAAAGCCGCGCGGAGCGCGUUUUCUUCACUAACGCGACGCGUCCGGACGGAAAGCAAUAAAUGAAGCGAAAGUGUUUCUUGGACCAACAUGAGUUCACACCUGAGCUGUCAGUGAAAGGGGCUGCGACCACCGCGCUGCUCGAGUCGAGGGGGCCCGCGCGCUCAGUCGCGAGACGCAUACGUCCGAUGACGAGCAGCACGGUGAGGAUGAGGAUGAGGAUGAUGAUUCAAGGUUGAUAUCCUUUCUUUGAAGCUGGAGUGCGAAGGAAGAUGUGUUUUGCAAACCUGGCAUUUGGCGGAGUGACGCUACAGUGACAAUGGUGUGGCUACAGCUGUAAAGUGUCUCUCCGACACACAGAUCGAGAGGUUUUUUUCUGGUUCUUUCUUUCUUUAUUUCUUUUAAAUUUAGCAGUACACAGUGUGACUAAUAAUAAAUAAGUGGAGACCAUUUUCGUUUCCAUCACUCACUGCAGCUCAUUUAACGGAAUCCCAUCCCUUCCUUCGUCGACUCCACACCUUUCGGCGCCCAUUUGUGUGUGACAAACACACACGUGUUAGUAACGCGCCAAGCCGAGCGCGCGGGCCACCUUUUCUCGCAGAGGAGCCGCUCCGCACCCGCUUUUUAACGGAUCGGACGCCCGCGACACGCGCGAUUGAUGACACACAUCUGGAAACGGCUGCUUUCGCCCGAGGAUCUGCGAGCGCUCGCGAGCUCCCGUUCAGAAGCGCCACGGUUAACAGGAAUCCGACACGCUCCCGAAACACUGUGCGUGGAUUUUUGGCUCCGUCGCUCAAAAUGUGCAAAGCCAAAGGCGUGUUGUGAAGGAGCGCCGCGACGCCUCCAUGACUGCCAGGACACGGACCGGGACGGGGGUAUGAAUCCGAGAUGAUGAUGACGCUGGAUACACAGAACUCCACCCAGGAGAUUGGGGAGGAGGUGGAGGAGGGGGCCAUCUACACCAUCACCCUCCGCAAGGUGCAGAUGCACCACACGGCCACGAAGGGGCAGCGCUGGCUGGGGGUGGAAUCCGACGCGCCGCUCAGCCUGUACGAGACGUGCAAGGUACGCACCAUCAAGGCGGGCACCCUGGACAAGCUGGUGGAGUACAUGGUCUCCGCCUUUCGGGGAAACGACUCCACCUACGUCACCAUCUUCCUGUGCACCUAUCGCUCUUUCGCCACCACCAAGCAGGUGCUGGACCUGCUGCUCAACAGGUACGCCAAGCUGCAGCACCUGAGCGGCGCCGAGGGACCCAGGCUGACGCACGACGACCGCACGGAGCUGAAGAACACCAUCUCAUCCAUCCUGGGCGCUUGGCUGGACCAGUACUCAGAGGACUUCUGGAAGCCUCCGGAAUACAGCUGCCUCCGGCGGCUCAUCGCCUACCUGCAUCUCAACUUCCCGGGCUCGGAUCUGGAGCGCCGAGCCUGCAACCUGCUGGCGCAGUUCCACCGGCGGCAGGUUCACGACCCGGAGCAGGAGGUGCUGGAACACGCCAGCUGCCCCUUCGCCAUGCUGGAGGAGAACGGCUUCGAGGAGGAGCGCCCCGACUUCCUGGCGUUCGAUCCCACCCUGGUGGCGGAGCAGUUUACGCUGAUGGAUGCGGAGCUGUUCAAGAAGGUGGUGCCCUACCACUGCCUGGGCAGCAUCUGGUCUCAGCGGGACAAGAAGGGCAAGGAGCACCUGGCGCCCACCAUCCGGGCCACCGUCACGCAGUUCAACUCGGUCACCAACUGCGUCAUCGCCACCUGCCUCGUGGACCGCGCCCUCAAGCCGGCGCAGCGUGCCAAGGUGGUGGAGCGCUGGAUCGAGGUGGCCAGGGAGUGCCGCAUCCUGAAGAACUUCUCGUCCCUGCGCGCCAUCCUCUCGGCCCUGCAGUGCAACUCCGUGCACCGGCUGAAAAGGACGUGGGACGAGGUGUCGAGGGAGAACUUCCGCAUCUUCCACGAGCUUUCGGAGAUCUUCUCUGAUGAGAACAACCACUCGCUCAGCCGGGAGCUGCUCAUCAAGGAGGGGACCUCCAAGUUCGCCACCCUGGAGAUCAACCCCAAACGGGCGCAGAAGAGGCACCAGCAGCAGAGGGACCUGAGCGUAAUGCAGGGCACCAUCCCGUAUCUGGGGACCUUCCUGACGGACCUGGUCAUGAUGGACACGGCAAUGAAGGACCACCUAGAUGGGGGGCUCAUCAACUUUGAGAAGAGGAGGAAGGAGUUCGAGGUCAUCGCCCAGAUCAAGCUGCUCCAGCUGGCGUGUAACAACUACAACUUCAAGCGCGACGCCCGUUUCCGGGACUGGUUCUCCGCCGUCGAGAAGCUCAGCGAGGCCGAGAGCUACAGCCACUCCUGUGAGAUCGAACCCCUGUCCGAAUCGGCCAGCAACACACUCAAGGCGAAGAAGAACACGGGUAUCAUCAAACGCUGGAGCGAUCGGCAGCCGGCGAGCGCGGAGGCCAGCGGCGGCGGCGGCGGCGUGUGCGGCUCUCACUCCAAGUCCUUCGACCAGCUGCGCUACGCUCCCCUGCUGGGGGGCACGGGGGGCACCGCCGGGGACGGCGGCGACUCCCUGAGCGUGACCUCGGCCGGUUCCAGCAGCUCCGACGUGGAGGAAAUCAACAUGAGCUUCAUCUCCGACUCGCCCGAAGCCCACGAGAAGAAGAGCUCCACGCCUUCCGUUAAACAUUCCAAUUCCGCGUUAGGGAAGGGAGGGCCGGUCCCGAACCUCGCUCCUACGUUCUGGGAGUCCACCUCGCUGUCGUCGCUGGACGCCUCGGCUCUGGGCUCGGGCUCCGGCUCGGGUUCCAGCAGCGCCUCCUCCUCGUCGGUGUCCUCCACGCCGGUGACGGGCUCUCGCUCCCACAAGCGCUCCGUGUCGGGCGUCUCCAGCUACUCGUCCCUGUCACUGCCCCUGUACAACCAGCAGGCCGACGACUGCUGCAUCAUACGCGUGAGCCUGGACGUGGACAACGGCAACAUGUACAAGAGCAUCCUGGUUACGAGCCAGGAUAAGACGCCGGCUGUGAUCAGGAAGGCUAUGGUCAAACACAACCUGGACCGCGAGCGACCCGAGGAGUACGAGCUGCUGCAGAAGAUCUCCGAAGAGAAAGAGUUAAAGAUUCCGGACAACGCCAACGUCUUCUAUGCCAUGAACUCGUCGGCCAACUACGACUUCGUGCUCAAGAAGCGCGGCUUCCCCAAAGCGGGCCGCCCCAAGCACGUGGCCAGCUCCACUCUGCCCCGCAUGAAGCAGAAGGGCUUGAAAAUUGCCAAGGGUAUCUUCUGAAGAGCCCACCCCCCUCCCUCGAAGACAGCCGCCCCCCCCGGAGCUCUUGCGCCGACGCCGCCCUCCACUGCCAAAGCCCUUCGGCGGCUCACCGCAGGGGUCCUUCCGCCGACGGAGGCGACAAAACCGCUGGGGACCUACGGAAGGUCGACGGCCGAACGUCCCGUUUCCAGCUGCGCGGAACAACAGUAAACGGGGCGAAAAGCGUGGCCGCGGUGGGGCCGGACUUAUCGUUCCGCUUGCGUGGCGGAGUGUGUGCGCCGCGCCCGUCGCUGCGCCGCUCGGGUUACUUCUGCGGAGAGCGGGAGGCCGCUUUGUGUUUCCCGGCCGCUGAUGCCCGAUAGAGAAUAGACGUGCCCUCCCCGCCCCCCGCUGGGCAGCGGUUGCGGUGACGGUACAGCCUGGUGUGUCACAGUGCCUUCCACGGCCGAUGCUCUCGUCCACGUGGAUCUCGAACCCCUUCUUGGAGGGUAGCUCUCCUCGAAGGGGGACUUAACCCUAACACUCACCGCCUUGUUUCCAGGGCUUUCUUUGGCACCUGGCGAGAGGGAGGAGCCCCUCCCAUGCACUGCUCAGACAGGUGAGGCGCUCCCAUGAUGCACCUCUUUGCUUUGCACACCUCGGACCCGCAGGCUCUCCGGAAGCUGGGGGACCAGGCGUACCACCGAGGGAGGGCCUUUGAUCAAAUCUGUACCGCGGCUCUCCUGCUUUUACACUAAGGUCCAGCUGGUGCUAACACACACACACACACACACACACACAGAGUUUACAACCCCGGCUGUCAGGGGGACGGGAAGCGCGGCGGGACUCAAACCAGGAGCGGAGACGAGCGAGAGGGGACUCCCCCUCCCUUAAGCACAGUGGUGCUGCUGGAGUUCCAGGACUCUCACCGCGGUACGGUGGGGGCGGCAGGACCAGCGGGACCUUGCUGGUGAUUCCGCACCAAUGUUCCCUGCCGCGUUCCAUGGACUUGCUCGGAAUCGGGAUUGUGUGUUACCCUCCAAGGGGCGGAGCUUCGGGUUCUGAUUUUCUCCAUGAGGAUCUUUGGUUUCAGGAACACCCCCCCCCCCCCCCCAAUUCCAUGUGUUGUCACCCCCCCCUUUGUUGGCUUCACACUGUGAUGGACACCUAGCCUGCAAUGCCCCCCACCAACACACACACGCAAGACAAGACCUUUGUUGCUGGAGUGCAGGGCGUUGUUAAGGACGGGUCUAAACGAGGAUCUGUGAACGGAAGACGGAAAGAAGGCGGCAAGAGGGUCCGGGGUUCGAGGGCCGACGGGCGAGACGGGAGAAAGGCUUUUGGGAGAAGAAGUGAGUGAGAGCGACAGGAACUGUGGACCGUUUGUUGGGGACAGAGCCUGGAGACGGAGCGCAGACCGAGCACUGCAUCAAAUGUAGUCUUGGGUAAUGUGUGCGUCAGCAGGUGGCGCUAUGGUUAAAGCUGCUGCCUUCUGCUCAUGGACCCAGGCUUGAUGCCCCCACUCCUGCAAUACUCUUGAGUGUGGUACUUACCCUGAAAGUACACAGUAAAAGUUACCCAGCUAUAUAAAUGGGUAAAUCAGUGUAAGUAGUUGAAGGCUGUCGGAGAAAUGAGCGAGUGUGUGUUCCGGUCAGAUACCGCACCAUACCAGACGGCACUGGGUCCUCCUAACCCGGGCUCUUUGUUUAUACUCUUUACUGUGGUAAUCUUGGAUUUAGGAUGUGGGACUGAUGGGAGAAUUGAGGCAACAGGAGAAUACAGUAGUGUGCGAGAGCACUGAGAUACAGUACAUACAGUAGGUAGGUGGUGGUGUGUGUGUUUAUGGAUUAGGGAAGUUGGGGGGGGAGGGGGGGUAUUGAAUAUUCUGAACCUUUGCCAAAGAUCUUUUGGGGAUCAUGGGACCCGAUGUUACCCCUCGCAGCACCAGAAGCCCUUUCUCCCCCCGAUCCCCCCUUCUCUCUCUGUCUCUCUCUCCCCUCUCGCCGCCCUUACAGCCUCACUUCGACAUGCCAUCCAAAGUCUGGUGCCAUUACUUUCCAGUUUAACAGAAAAACAAAGAGUUUCUAACAAAGUGCAGCGUUUUUUUUCUUUUUUUUUAUUUUAACAUUCUUUUUUAUAUUUUUUUCUACAAGAAAGCAGUUCUUUGUAACCUUGUUUGUGCGUCCUAGCUUUAUUUAUUGAUUUGUAUAUAGUGUCGUUGUGUAACACUGUACAUUUUUUUCCCUUUUCCAAUGUAACUAUAAAUUAAUAUAUAUAAAUACAUGUACAUAUAUACAAAGUUUAUAACACGGUCAUUGUUGGUCCACUUGUCUCCUGGAUCCUCCUUCCUUUGCGUUCUUAGUCUCGUCUUUUGUAUGACGGAUCAGCCUGUCGUCCCGUCCCAUCCAAGCCCUGUUAAUAAUUGCCAUCCCAUAAUAAAUGCCUUCAGUGUGAACCAGAA